GGCCGGUGCAACAUCGGCCUCUGCUGACACGCAUGCUCUGGACAUCCCAGACAGCCCGGUGCUCGCCGUUUCGGAAACGGGGGUCGCAACCGUUCGCUGAACCGCCGAGUGCAGAGUGUAUACAUUGCCAUGCUUUGGUGAGUUCGCAUCAUAUGCACCGUCAAAGCAUUUUGGAAGCCACUUCGUCUCCUGCUUACGACGAUAUCCGUCAAAAGAAUGAAGCUUGUGCUUCUUUCGCUAGGCUGACAGAUGAUCCGUUCCAAGUGCAUAUGACAAGUCGAAAGAUGCUCGCGAUGCCACUGCGCUUGCUGCCCUCUUUAUCGACACUCCCAGUAAUUCUGUAUCUUGUCCAGACGCACCAUUGGGCUCAUACAGGGUCGUGCUUCAAAAACACCCGUGUUAACAUGAAUGCAGAAGUUUGUCGUUACCAGUUCCCGAGCUCGCAGUGCGAGCAAACGAUUUUACGGGAAAGCGGUGUGGAGCUUAAACGGGAUCUCGAUGAUGAAUAUAUCAAUGCGUACAACGACGUCAUGUUAUCUACAUUUAAAUGCAACCACGAUAUACAGCCCCUGUUUGGCGGUGUUGAGGCUGCUGAUCGUGUCUUCUACUGUUGCCGAUAUGCAACAAAGGAUCAACACAAAGUGGACUGCAAAAUCAAACUACGGUUAGCCGCAUUCGACGCAUGCUGCGAAUGCGAAAGAAUUACAGAAGAGCACACCGAAAUGCCAGCAGGAGCUAAAACCCGGCGCCGCCUAUCCUCUCAGCUUUUUAGCAUAACGAACAAGCAAGAGACCGCUGGUCCGCUGUGUGCACUGUAUCUUUUGCGGUGGCCGUGCUCGUACCUUAGUCACGAUUUCAGGGUGCUCCAUGUCUUUCACAUGCUAAAACAGUUGCAGAACGAUCCCGACACUUUGUAUUCAGUAGAAAAGGCGAAUUCAGAUUAUGUCAUCAAACGCCCUUUGGAUGAUUAUGUCUUUUGGCCGUUGGCAUUGACACAUUUGUCUCUGUAUGAAUUCACAAUGCAUUUCUACACAUGUGAUAGAUCGACGGCUGCAACAUCCGAUGGCAACUUCCUGGAAAUCCAUCCAUUGUACACUCGCAAAACUUUGGCACGCUGGAGGCUUCCCGUCGUCCCUGUUGUGCCGGAUUUCGCGCGCAUUCCCGAUCUGAGAGCAUGCGCUGACGAGGACGCUAGAACUCUUCAUGCGCAAUUGUCCUUGCUGCUCUUCAAACCCUUCCGAAUCCUCACAGAUUUGGUUGCAGUUGGGAAUACGUGGCAUGAAGCGUUUUUGUCGUUCUAUGAGGAUAUGCCUGCAUUUGUGUGUGGUAUUUACUUACAAAUGCAAGACUAUCAUAUUGCACGAGAACGUGCAGCAGACGUGCGCAGUCAAAGGCCGGCUGAGCAGACUGACGAUAAUCUCUGUUCAAACUCCUCUGAUGAAGUGUCGAAUGACUCGUCGAAUGCCUAUGUACCGCCGUGCCCUCCGUCUGAUGACGACUCACUGAAUGGCGCCGCGCCGAACCCUGACCACGACGGCGCAAAUAAGCCCAUGAUCGCUGACAACCUUACAACCCCAUGGGCUGUUUCAGGUUUGCCAUCUGAACAAAUGACAUCAUCUGCCGCGAUUACGCUUGAUAUGUAUAAGGAUAUGGCCCCUGACGACUCCUCGUCGGCCGGAUGUUUCUUACGACAAACUAUAGAUGACCUCGAUGCUGUACAUCCUUGGACCAAAACGCCGCCCUCUCUGGUUAACGACGCAGACGCAACUCCAAGUGGUUGGCAUCAUCUCCCUCGACCAACUCGUAUUUGAUUGAUCGCGAAUGCACUGCUGCCUUGUAAUAAAGAUUUCGUUGGUGCGCGCGCUUCGAAGCCUGCUGUAUCGGACGCCUGUCCUUUCCCUACAAUCUCUGAAGUCUCUGCACAAUUUUCUCUUUGUAACAAACAACAUCUUGCGUU